AUGGCGGAGACAGCAACGUUCUCCUCGAGCGGCGUGGACGCUAUCACGCGCAGCAUCGACCUCACGGAAGAGGUUCAGGGGACGCUGCCUCUCGAUGUGCUUGAGCGAACAUACGACAUUGAGAGGACGGCCAACCAUAUCAGUCUGGGCGCAUACAAGCGAGUCGCUUUGCAAUUCCCCGACGAGCUUCUGCCACAUUCCGUGCCCAUCUUCAAAGCGCUGAAAUCGCGGAUACCGGAAGCGAGCGAGUUGUACGUUCUAGCAGACACUUCAUACGGCAGCUGUUGCGUAGACGAAGUUGCCGCUCAGCAUGUUGAUGCCGAUGCUCUUGUACACUAUGGCCAUGCCUGUAUGAGUCAGACGUCCCGCCUCCCGGUCAUCUACGUAUUCGGAAAGAAGCCCAUCGACCCCCUUCAUUGCGCUCAAACUCUGGUAGCUGCAUUGCCAGACGAUCGACAGACAGUGGUGCUGAAGUGCGAUGUCGCCUAUACUCAUGCCGCACACGAGAUUGUCACACAUAUGAAAAGCGUCCUAUCCCCUUCCACGAGGGUACUAUAUACGAUUGCACCCCUAGCAACGUUCCCUUCCACUGUCGAUCAAGCGCCAAGGCAGUCGCCCCAUGCCGUUCAAGUCACUGGUCAAGGAGAAUCUGAGUCUCUCGACUCGGACAUGUCUCCAGAAGACAGCGUCAUCCUGCACGUCGGGCCGGAGAGUCUUUCUCUCACCAACUUACUACUCACGCAUGCGGCCUUCGAAGUAUUUUCUUACCAUCCGACAACGAGAUCCGCUCAGCACGAAUCUGGACGGACAAACAAGUUGCUUAUGCGUCGCUACGCUGCCGUUCAGAAAGCUCGGGACGCGGAUGUCAUUGGCAUUUUGGUCGGAACCCUUGGUGUUGCGAACUAUCUACCUCUAAUCAGCCACCUCCGGAAUGUCAUCUCUCGAGCGCACAAAAAGUCAUACACAAUCAGUGUUGGAAAGCCAAAUCCUGCGAAGCUCGCCAAUUUUCUGGAGAUCGAGUGUUUCGUCCUCGUGGCCUGUCCUGAGAAUAGCCUGCUAGAUGCCAAAGAAUUCCUGCGACCCAUCGUAACACCAUACGAGCUUGAAGCUGCGCUUCAGCCCACCCAAACAUGGACAGGUCGCUAUGUCUUGGACUUUGCUGAAUUGCUGAAGUCACAAGCAGACAUGAAAGAGGCCGAAAGUAAGUACCUUGGUAACGAGCCUCAGGAUUCAGAUCAGCCUAUAUUCUCCCUUGUCACCGGGAAGUAUCGACAUGCUAAACGUUAUGGAGACUCCGAUGAGGCUCGAGCUGCAGAAGGGGAUCCCUCUGCUAUAGUUCUCCGGAAUCAAGAGGACGCUCUCUCAAGGAUCAACGGCAGUGCUGCUUCACAAUUCUUGCAGCAGCGUACUUUCCGUGGUCUAGAAACGCGCAUCGGGCAAGACGGUCCGAGUCUGCUCGAACAGGGCCGAAGCGGCAUUGCCCGAGGCUACGACAACGACCAUCGCGAAGGAUGA